AUGGAGGAAAGUAGACUUCAACAACGUUUCACUCUUGCUGGGACAGGAAGCAGCCUCACUGGUCACUCUCAACCCUCGCUCGACCAACAAGACGCGUCUACCGAAGCAAUUAAUAGCCCCGUUGGCCUUCUUCACAAGGACCACGAAACUUUCCACGACGAAGUUACGGAAACACCGUAUGAUUCAGGUCAUGGCCGGACAACGUACAUCACACCCCAGGCAGGCUCUUCAAACCAUAACCUCAAUGCGGCAGACCAGAGAACAGACUAUGAGGAGGAUUUGCAAAAUCAGGUCAGCGCUCCUUCAGAAUCUCCAGCUGCUAGAUCGACCACAUCAAACACUACAGGUGCAGUCGUACCAAUAUCCAUUUCGAAUGAAGGACACAGCCCGUCGCCAGAAGGAAGAUCUUCAUCAGAUACACUAACAUCGAAAUCUGGCCCCAGCAAGACAAAAGCCGUAGACGGGUCGCCAUUACUAGAAACAGCACGUCGACACAGUACGGCGUCCACCUCCAGUGCGUCAUCUGACGAUGAAGACCAUCCCAUGCAGGGCGACUUUAUGCCCAUCAAGAGUGCCAAGUCAAAGAGCGACCAGCAGCGACCGGGUCUAUCGCAGAGGAAGAGUAUUGUCACAGAAGAAGAUCUCUUUCGUGUUCUGUCACAACGUAGAACUGCUGCUUCGGAUGUCGAUGCAGAUGAGGAGCGGAACGAGGUGGAGAAGCUCAUGUCACGCAUGUUCGGUAAAGAAAGACAAGAACAUAGUGAAGAAGAGAAAACCCGUCAUUCAGGAGUCGUCUGGAGAGAGCUCACUGUGAAGGGUGCUGGAUUGGGAGCAAGUCUACAACCCACAAUUAGUGACAUCUUCCUUGGUCCACCUCGCUUCCUCAGGAACCUGGUCACCAAAGGACCGAAAGCGGCUAUCGGAAAGCCACCAGUCCGUGAACUGUUGUCCAACUUUGAUGGGUGUGUGCGACCAGGAGAGAUGCUACUCGUUCUCGGACGUCCAGGAUCGGGCUGUUCAACCUUUCUCAAGACCUUUUGUAAUCAGACCGCUGGGUUCGAGGCUGUUCAAGGAGAACGUACCUACGGUGGCACUGAUUCAAAGCGUAUGGCCAAAGAUUUCAGAGGUGAAGUUAUCUACAACCCCGAGGACGACCUACAUUACGCUACGUUGUCGGUCAAGCGGACUCUCAGAUUUGCACUGCAAACAAGAACACCAGGAAAAGAGUCCCGUUUAGAAGGCGAAAGCAAAGCCGACUAUGCCAACGAAUUUUUGCGAGUUGCAACCAAGCUGUUGUGGAUCGAGCAUACUCUGGGAACGAAAGUCGGCAACGAGUACGUCCGAGGAGUGUCAGGUGGUGAGCGCAAGCGUGUUUCUAUCGCAGAGGCAAUGAUUACGAGAGCCUCAGUUCAAGGAUGGGACAAUUCCUCCAAGGGACUCGACGCUAGCACUGCUGUCGAGUACGUUCAGUCUUUGCGUAGUAUGACUAACAUGGCUCAAAUUUCGACGGCUGUCUCGCUGUAUCAGGCUGGAGAGUCACUCUACAACUUGGUUGACAAAGUAUUGCUUAUCGAUGAGGGUCAAUGUCUGUACUUCGGCUCUUCUGACGAUGCGAAACAAUAUUUCAUGGACCUGGGUUUCGAGUGUCCGGGCCGUUGGACGACAGCCGAUUUCUUGACAUCAGUUACGGAUGAGCACGAGAGAAGCAUCCGUAAGGGCUGGGAAGAUCGUAUACCUAGAUCUUCACAGGAUUUUGCAGCGAUCUACAGGAAGAGCGACGCUUAUCGUAAGAAUCUUGACGAUAUCAGUGAGUUCGAGUCGCAUCUCGAGGCUCAGAGACGAGAACGCAUAGAUCAAAGAUCCAAGAAGAACAAGCAGAAAAACUAUACGGUGUCCUUCCCUGCACAGGUUAUGGCUUGUGCUAAGCGCCAACUACUCGUUACUAUUGGUGACAAAGCAUCGACUGUCGGCAAAUGGGGUGGCAUUGUCUUCCAAGGUCUCAUCGUCGGCUCACUCUUUUUUCAGCUUCCUAACAACACUAAUGGAGCAUUCACCCGUGGAGGUGUACUCUUCUUCAUCUUGUUGUUCAACGCGCUUCUUGCCCUAGCUGAGCAGACAGCAGCCUUCGAAUCCAAGCCGAUCCUGCUUAAGCAUAAGACCUUCCAGUUCUACAGACCCUCCGCCUACGCGUUGGCACAAACUCUCGUCGAUGUACCUCUGGUUCUGAUUCAAGUCCUGUUGUUCGAUAUUAUUAUUUAUUGGAUGGCAGGUCUGUCAGCUACGGCGUCACAGUUCUUCAUUUCGGUCCUGACAUUAUGGCUUGUUACUAUGGUCACCUACGCUUUCUUCCGUGCGAUAUCUGCUGUGUGUAAAACACUUGACGACGCUACAAAAUUUACGGGAGUGGCAAUCCAAAUCCUGGUCGUUUAUACAGGCUAUCUCAUUCCUCCAGCACAAAUGCAUCCAUGGUUCUCCUGGCUGCGAUGGAUUAACUGGAUUCAGUACGGUUUCGAAAUGCUCAUGUCCAACGAGUUCUACAAUCUUCAAAUGGAAUGUGUACCGCCUUACCUUGUGCCCGUCAACGGACCAGGAGUGGCACCCCAGUACCAAUCUUGUGCUCUAGCUGGUUCUGUGCCAGGAUCGACAACUGUGGACGGUGCACAAUACAUUCUAGCGGCAUUCUCAUAUACUCGUGCGCACCUCUGGCGCAAUUUCGGCAUUCUCUGGGCCUUCUUCUUCUUUUUCCUUGUCAUUACGUGCGUUGGUUUUGAGAGAAUGAAACCCAAUGCUGGCGGAGCAGCUCUGACCAUCUACAAACGAGGUCAGGUACCUACUAAGCUCGAAACAGCUAUCGAGACUGGUGGACGUAAAGGCUCGCCAGAUGAAGAGAAUUUGGACGAAAAGGCUGCCACUGAGAAGCAAACCUCUUCCGAUACUGAGUCUCCGAGCAAAGACAAAGAAGACGACGAAGCUAUGCAGAAGAUUGCGAAGAACGAGACGAUAUUCACCUUUCAGGAUGUCAACUACACCAUUCCGUACGAAGGAGGUGAACGUAAAUUGUUACAGAAAGUUCAAGGUCUGGUACAACCAGGAAAACUCACUGCUCUUAUGGGUGCCUCAGGUGCUGGAAAGACAACCCUACUCAAUACUCUGGCGCAACGAAUCAGCUUCGGUACGAUCAGUGGUGAUAUGCUUGUUGACGGACGGCCACUACCGAAGAGCUUUCAACGAGCUACUGGUUUCGCUGAGCAAAUGGAUGUACAUGAGCCUACAGCGACAGUUCGCGAGGCCCUCCAGUUUUCUGCUCUCCUGCGACAACCACGUGAGGUCUCUGUCGAAGAGAAGCAUGCCUAUUGCGAGACCAUUAUCGACCUUCUCGAGAUGAGAGACAUUGCAGGUGCGACCAUAGGGAUUGUUGGUGAAGGUCUCACUGUAGAACAGCGGAAACGCUUGACUAUUGGUGUCGAGUUAGCUUCCAAGCCUGAACUUCUGUUCUUCCUCGACGAACCUACCUCAGGCCUCGAUUCUGGCGCAGCUUUCAACGUUGUACGAUUCUUACGGAAACUUGCUGAUGCGGGACAAGCGGUCUUGUGUACUAUACAUCAACCGUCAGCUGUGCUCUUCGAGCACUUUGACGACCUCAUUCUUCUGAAAUCUGGCGGACGAGUCGUGUACGCUGGAGAGCUCGGCAAAGACAGUAAAUAUCUUCGCGAAUACUUCGAGAAGAAUGGUGCUGACAAGUGUCCACCUGAUGCCAAUCCUGCGGAAUAUAUGCUCGAGGCCAUUGGUGCUGGAGACCCAGAGUACAAUGGACCUGACUGGGGUGACAAGUGGUUGGAGAGUGAUCGCUACAAGCAACAGACAAAAGACAUCGAAGAAAUCAUUGAGAAGCGUAAGAAUGUCGAGCACAGCAAGAACGUCAAGGACGACAGAGAAUUCGCCAUGCCACUUAUGACCCAGACUAUCGCGGUUACCAAGAGAGCCUUCACCUCAUUCUGGCGAACUCCAAACUACAUUGUCGGUAUCUUUAUGCUGCACGUUAUGACAGGUCUCUUCAACACAUUUACCUUUUAUCACCUUGGCUACGCCUCAAUUGAUUUCCAGAGUAGACUGUUCUCGGUGUUCAUGACCCUCACGAUAUCACCACCUUUGAUUCAACAGCUUCAGCCAGUCUUCCUCCACAGCCGAAACAUCUUUGAAUCCCGAGAAGAGAAGGCCAAGAUUUACAGCUGGUUCGCCUGGGUCACUGGUGCUGUUGUUGUCGAGAUACCUUAUCGUCUCCUUGCUGGUGGCAUUUACUUCUGUUGUUGGUGGUGGGGCCCUAUGGGCUACCGGACAUCUGGCUUUGCAUCUGGAUUUACCUUUUUGCUGAUGCUGCUGUUCGAGCUCUACUACACCGGCUUCGGGCAAGCAAUUGCUGCUUUCUCGCCAAACGAGCUUCUGGCAUCACUCUUGGUUCCUCUGUUCUUCCUCUUCGUCGUCUCCUUCUGUGGUGUCGUUGUACCACCACAACAACUCCCCUACUUCUGGCGCAGCUGGAUGUACUGGGCAUCACCGUUCCACUACCUCCUCGAAGCCUUCCUCGGCGUCGCCAUCCACGACCAACCCGUUAUCUGCAACACCAACGAAUACGCACGAUUCACAGCACCGCCCGGCCAAACCUGCCAAAGCUAUACUCAGCAAUUCAUCUCUCAGUCCGGCGGCUACGUCCAAGUCGGCCUAGACGGAAUCUGCGAAUUCUGCCAAUACGCCAACGGUGACGAGUUCGGACGUGGCUUCUCCGUGUUCUACACUAAUAGAUGGAGAGAUUUCGGUAUUUUCUGGUUGUUCAUCAUGUUCAAUUAUUUUGUGGUUUACCUUGCCACUUACUUGAGAUUUAGAGGUAAGAAUCCUCUCAAAGGACCCAUUCAGAAGGUCAUGGAGAAGAUGAAGAAGACGAAGAAAUAG